UGCCGCUCGGGGGGCCGGGCCGCUGCCGUGUGCCGGCGGUGCCGCCAUGUACCGCCUGUGCCGCCUGUCCCCGCCGCUGUCCCCGCUGCUGUCCCCCGGGCCCUCAGCCCGCGCCCCCCGGCCCGCCUGGGCCGCGCUGCCGCCGGGGCCGGGCCCGCGCCGCGCCGCCGCCAAGGAUGCAUCUGAACCACUCAAAAACACAGCCACUGAUCCCAGUGCUGAAAACAAGAAACUCAACAAAUCCCAGCAGCUGAAACAAAUUUUUAAAGAAUAUGGUGCUGUAGGGGUUUCCUUCCACGUUGGAAUUUCCUUAGUAUCUCUGGGAAUCUUCUACCUGGCUGUGUCAAGCGGUGUGGACAUGAACGCGGUUCUGUUCAAGCUGGGAUUCAGCGAGGCCUCUCUGCAGUCCAGGGCAGCAGCUGGCACCAGCACCUUCGUGCUGGCCUAUGCUGUGCACAAGCUCUUCGCCCCCGUGCGCAUCAGCAUCACUGUGGUGUCCGUGCCCUUCAUCGUCCGCUACUGCCGCAAGGCCGGCUUCUUCAAACCCCCCGCCUCCAGCCCCUGAGCUCUUCCUCCUCCUUGUCCUCCAGUGCUCCGUCUCCACCUGGCUCUUCAGGUGAAAAGUUUUGUUAAAAGACUUACUUGGGUCCAGGUUGAUCUCAUCUGGCGUUUCUUACUUGUUCUUUCCGGUAAAUGUCACUGUGAAAAGCGCUGCCCUUGUCUCCCUUCCCUUUUGCCACUUAUUCUUAGGAAAAAUCUGUUCAAAUGGGAUCUGGUUUGUACUCCAAGUGGGAAUAUAAAUGUUUGACAAUGACCACAGUUCUGGGUCUUUAAAAUC